CAUAGGAAAACCGCGCGGCGUGCGUUUAGCUGUUUAGCUGUCCUGACAGACUGAUGUGGCUCACCAGACAUUAGUCUCAGUUACAGACAGAGGCGGAAUAAACUAAUAAAACAGGUCGUCUGGAGAAGCAACAGCCUCAGUCCUUCACAAUGAGCGAGGACACGGACUCUCCUCCCGAGAGGGAGAUGAAGGAUUUUCAGUUUCGUCAGAUGAAGAAAGCGAGAGUCUUUGACCCUGCUGAAGAUCUGUCAAAAGAAAGAACUAAUCUGCUCACCAUCUCAAAUAAAUUUGGUUUAACUUUUGUCGGGCUCGACAGAACAUUCAAAGUUUACCUAACUCAAGACAUUCUGUCUGUUGAUAGUUUUGACGGCAACGCCAACGAAAUAGUCGACGGGAUAGGUCCAUUGGCGGAGGUGACUGGGGAACUGUCUCUGCACCACUUGGCUCUCAGUUGUGAUGAACUUACUCUGUCAGUAUGUGGCAUGUCUGAAGAGGCGGGUCUGUCCCUCACUUUCUAUGAUGUCCGCACCUUCAUGAACAAGGCAAGACAACAGAAGCUACCUUUUGCAUCAUUGCUGCCAGCAGUACCACCUCGCACUUCAGUGCAAGACCUGAAGUGGAAUCCUGUCCAGGCAUCCAUGUUGGCCGCCUGUCUGUCUGACGGCCGUAUGAUGAUUUUGGAUGUUACUGACGGUGUCAGAGUGCAGGCUGAGCUGCCUGCUUUAUGUGGCAUCACAUGCAUUUGCUGGAGUCCAAAAGGAAAACAAGUCGCUGCAGGAACAAUGAAUUCCACAGUCAGUCAGUAUACACCAGUACUAGAAGAAAAGAAAGUUAUCCCAUGUCCAAACUUCUACACCUCUGACGAACCCGUCAAAGUUCUGGAUGUGCUGUGGCUGAGAACCUUUGUGUUUGCAGUGGUAUACGCUGCUGCAGAUGGAUCCCUUGAGACCCCUCCUGAGCUAGUGUUAAUCUCCCUCCCUAAGAAAGAUGAGAAGGUGGAGACAAAGUAUAUGAACUUUAGUGAGACGGUGUACGGCAGCUGCACUGAGCGACAACAUCACUACUUUCUUAGCCACGUAGAGGACUGGGACCUUGUGUUUGCGGCAUCGGCGGCUUCCAUUGAAGUCAGCGUCAUAGCCGCCAGACAAGAGGACAAGAACUGGGAGCUUUGGAUCCUGGAAGAUGCGAGUAGGGCUGAGCUCCCAGUGACGGAGACAAAUGAAGACACUCUGCCCCUGGGCUUAGCCAUAGACUACACCAGCCAGCAGGAGAUCCACAUCAGUGAUGAGAAGACCUUGCCCCCAGCGCCCAUUCUGCUGAUGCUCUCCACGGAGGGAUUACUCUGCCCGUUCGCUCUGCUCAACCUCAAUCCCGGGGUUAAGCAACUGGUCUCAGCCCCCGCCGUCCUCGCCUUGGACGGGGAGAGACUGCCCAAGCCAGGUUCUUUGGCAGCCCAACCUCCCAAAAUGGCUGCCUCCUUCCCAUCUGCCCCAGCAACAUUCCCAAACCUCGGUCUUACUUUAGCAGCUGCUUCCACUCCUCCAGCUCCUGCUGCAUCUUCCUCCGCUGCCCCAUUCAGCAUGGUUCCCACAGUUCCAGUGUCGUCGGCAUCAUCAUCGGGCUUCGUCUUCUCGGUCCCGACUACAUGCGCCCCUUCUGCUGCUCCAGCCUUCUCCUUGGGGGCAACCACACCUUUUGGCUCAGGAUCCUCAGGCUUCUCCUUUGCCUCCAAACCUCCCUCUGACACUCCCUCAGCGACCUCAGCGUUUUCCUUCACCCCUUCCAUCAAAGCACCAGCAAUGGCAGCUCCAGUUCCAGCUCCAACACCCCAGAGUAUUGCUGCCGCCUCCCCACCAACAGUGAAACUUAAUCUAAAUGAGAGGUUUUCAGCACUGGAGACCCCAGCACCAUCCCCACACAUCCCCACGUCUUUCUCCUUUAAUUCCUCGUUGCCCAAAACAGUUGCCUCCAAUUCCAGUAUUAUGACCGCCCCUCCAAUCUCAGCCACUAAGCCACCAGCUGUAUUGGCCCCGGUGCGUCCAGUUCAAACCAGCACCCCACCCACGGUCGUCCAGAAACCUGCUCCUGCUGCCCAGGGCCGUGUCCAAACUCCACAGGCAGCUGUUAGUGUGAAGGCCUUGGAGAAGCAGCUCCAGCAAAAGAGAGACUCUGAUCCCAUUAUGGCCGGUAUAUUGGAGGAGAUUGCACACUUCCAGAAGGAGUUAGAUGACCUUAAGGCACGAAGCGCCAGAGCUGACUUCAAGGUUGGCACCAAUGAGGAGAUGAAGGAGUUGAGGAAGGAGUCAGAGGACCUCCAUAUUUUCACCCUGGAGAUCAAGGAAACUACAGAGUCUCUCCAUGGGGACAUUGGUACAUUGAAGACCACCUUGCUGGAGGGCUUUGCCGGAGCAGAAGAAGCCAAGGCCCAGAGUGAGCUGAGCAGAGACAGAAAUUACAGACAGCUGCUGUACAAAAAACCUCUGGACCCCCGCAGCGAGGAACAGCUCAAGGAGAUCCGCAGGCUGUACCAGUAUGUGAUGUUCGCUGUGGAAGAUGUUAACGACGUGUUGGAUGUGGAAUGGGAGAAACACCUGGAGAAGAAGAAAAAGCAGAAACAUAUGGUCGUGCCAGGGCGUGAGGGUCUGUUCACUACACUGGCCAACAACCUGUACAUUAUCAACCAGCAAAAGAACAGAUUGGACCAGCUGAUUAAGCAACUCACCUCACUGCGCCUCUACAACAAGACUACUGCUCCAACUAUAAACCGCAGUGCUGCUACAGCAACAGCUGCUGGUUUGGAAAGCGAGCUUGAGAGUUUAAGGGAUGCACUCCUGAAAGCCAGGCUGGACAGCAUCCCUCCUCAGACCAAAUCCAAAUCUCCAGCAGUCAAGAUAUCACCAGUGAAACAGUCCCAGCUGCGUAACUUCCUCUCAAAGGGGCAGAUGCCUCCUGUCCGCUCAACUGCACCAGCCAACCUGUCUCGCUCAGCCUUCCUUUCACCUAAAUACUACGAGGAUUUGGAUGAUGUGAGCUCUACGUCCUCCCUGUCCCAGUCCCUGGAGCCUCACCCAGCUGACUUGGAGCUGGAGGAGGAGGAACUACAGCCAGAACUCCUUCCCCUCACUGUCCUUCCUCCAGCAUUGUCAACCCCCCGCCACCCCACAGUCGUGAGGACCCCCUCUAUCCUGCCAGGCUUUGGGGCUAUCCAGUCCACCCCUUUAACAAAACUUCACUCAGUACCGGGUAUGGUCUUUGGACUCAGCCCUAUUGCCAGCCCCAUUCCAACUAAUAAGAUCAACCUCAGCGGGGCUGACAGCACUGCUCUUGCCACCAAGACAGUAAAACAUGGAGCCCCACCAAGCGAGAGGACCAUCCCUGUCACCCCAAACCCUGGCCAGGCUGCAGCCAAUGCUGCUCUACGCAGGCAGAUGGCCAAUCAGAAGCCGGCUGUCGUCAAUACUUCCUUGACAGAGUCCACUUUGAAGACAGUUCCUCAGGUAGUCAAUGUCCAGGAGCUCAAGGACAAAGGGCCUCCUCUGCCGGUUUCCAGUACCAUCAGCUCAUCAGUACCAGAUCCAACAGCUGCGGUCUUUGCAGCAGUUUCUUCCAACCAGGCCAAACGAAAUCCUUCCCAAGGUAUCCAGAAGCUGUCCGCUGAAAGUACAACCGCCCCACAGUCGAGCUUCGUGUUUGGUCAACCGCCCAAAACCGACGUUUCAGCGACUCCUGCUAUCUCAGCAGAGCAAAGCUCCAGCAAAGGUUUCUCCUUCACAUCAGGGUCCGCAGCCUUCAGUUUCGCCUCUGUUGCACAGGGAGCUGGAAUGUCACAAGCGAAGGAUGUAAAUAAAUUCUCCUUUGUUGGAAACGGCAAAAUGAUGUUUGGCCAGCCUGGAGAGGAGCCGUUCUCCCUCACCCCAAACUCCACCUCCCCUGCUCUCGGCACUGCAUCUCCCACCCUGCCUCCAAACAUCUCAGGAGACAAACCCGCCUCUACCACAACUGCCCCCAGGACAGGGCAACAGCCCCUAAAGAUAGUUGGAGGAGAGACUCUGGGCAGUUUCUCUGGACUACGUGUGGGCCACGGAGAAGAAGCUAAAGAUUCAGCCACCAAACCCGCCGCUGGCUCAUUUACCUUCGGGGAAACUGGAAUUGGUAUAGGCAAGGGAGCAGCACAGUUUGGCUUUGCUGCAGGUCUCCAAAAGUCUACAGAAGAUUCUACAGGAGCAGACUUGUCCAAGGGGGCAGUGUCAGGCAGUUUGUUCAAGCCUCCUGAACCAAACGCCAAGCAGGCCUUCUCUGUUCCCCAGUCUAGCUCAGCUGCCUCAGCUUCACCCACGUCUUUCGGUAGUCUUCUCACAGCUUCUUCAGACCCCUCAGAGGAACCAAAAGUUUCCCCACAACCCUCAGAACCCACACCGCCCCCUGAAAAAGAACCUGCUACUGCAGCAGCUGUAGAGAGCGCUAGUCCCGUUGCAGUACCUGAGCCCGCAGCGGACGCAGUUGUCACGGAAACCACAGCAGCCGCAGUUCCAGCACCAACACCCGCACCUCCUUAUCCCACAACCGCCCCUACCCCAGACCCUCCCUCCUACUUCACUGCAGUAACUGAAGCAACCCCUCCAACACCAGCCACUGCGGCUCCCACAAUAGAAGCCACCCCAGACAGCACCACCACCACCACCACUGCUCAUGUGCCCACUGCUGUAGCACCCGUCUCCCAGGUAGCUCCAACAGCGUUUCAGGUGCCCAGCUCUGACAAACCAGGCUCCAUUUUUACUCAACCUGCACCUGCAAUAACAGACAGCAGUUCCCUUGGACUUACACCAGUUAUCAGCACAGUUGCUGCUGCAGCCACCACUCCCACCCCUACAGUUGUUAACAGUACAACAACCACUGCUGCUAGCACUGUGUUUGGGCAACCUGCUGCACCUCCAGCAGCCCCAGCAGCCCCAGCAGCCCCAGCAGCCCCAGCAGCCCCAGCAGCCCCAGCAGCCCCCUCAGUCCCAGCAGCCACAGGAUUUGGCUCAACUGCUUUUGGUGCAUCGACUGGAACUGUUUUUGGCAAUUCUGUGUUUGGCCAGGCGACUGGCUUUGGCCAGCCGGCCAGCAACACCGAAACAUCCGGUGGCUUUUCUUUCGGCCAAUCAGCAUUUGGAGCAAGUUCUAACAGCGCGACUACUGGAGGAAGUCUGUUUGGUGCCGCUACUGCUACCAACGCCAGUUCCUUCUCCUUUGGCACAAGCGGUGCCAUCACAGCCAGCAGCACUGGCACAGGGCUGUUUGGACAAACCACAGCACCAGCAUUUGGCCAGAGCACUGGGUUUGGGCAAGGAUCUGUGUUUGGAAGUAAUACCACCACAUCCUCAUCUACAGGGUUCAGCUUUGGACAGCCCUCAGGUGAGUCUUUUGGCUGCUCUACUGCCCCCCCUGUGUUUGGCCAACAAGCUGGCAGUGGAAGUGUAUUUGGACAGCAGCAGCAGCCCUCAUCUGGUGGGACUCUGUUUGGCUCAAAUCCAGCCAACCCAGCGGGCUCACCUGCUGGAGGGUUCUUCUCUGGCCUUGGAGGUAAACCGAGCGAAGACGCUGCCAACAAGAACCCAUUCGGCGCCGGCGGCGCCCCCGGAGGGUUUGGGCAGCCUGGUCAGACAGGUGCCAACAGUCUGUUUGGGGAUAGCGGUGCCAAGACCUUUGGUUUUGGACCGUCCUCCUUUGGUGAGCAGAAACCUUCAGGGACCUUCAGCACUGGUGCAGGGAGUGUCGCAGCCCAGGGAUUUGGCUCCUACUCUAGCCCGACAAAAUCAGGUGGUUUUGGCAGCGCUCCAGUGUUCGGGAGUCCCCCUUCCUUUGGUAGUUCCCAAGCAUUUGGUACUGGAGCAACAUUCGGCUCAAGCCCUUCCUUCCCCAACAACAUGGUUCCCUCCGCUGGUAAAGUGUUUGGAGAGGGAACAGCGGCUUCCAGCAUGGGAGGAUUUGGGUUUGCCUCACCUCCCAGCGGCCCGUCCUUUGGCGCUCUAGCCAAUCAGCAGAGCGCUCCGUCAUUCGGGGGCCUGGCCCAGCAGGGCCCUGGGUUUGGAAGUCAGCAGCCCAGCAGUUUCUCAGGCUUUGGACAACAGCAACAACAACAACAGCAACAACAACAACAGCAACAACAGCAACAACAACAACAGCAACAACAGCAACAGGCGGGAGGAUUUUCUGGAAACACCUUUGGUUCUACAAACCAAUCAAGUCCUCAAACAUUUGCCAGUUGGAGAAGCUAGUUUUAUUAAAGCUCCACGUCACUGCUACAGUACUUUCUGCAAUCAAGCUCUUUGUGCCACAUUCAGUAAUGCGGGGAAGGGAAAAGGGACGGAGAUUGUGUUGCAUUUGGGUUAAAUAAAAUGGAAGAAGAUAUACAUGCAUUUUCUUUUCUAGAAAAAAACUUUUUUAAGCAGCUUUCAGAGUGCAAUUCAUUCUCUACAUAUAUACAUAUAUAUGCAUUUUGGUCAUUUAUGCCUGAGAGUGUUUUCUUAGGACACAGAAAAAUCUAUUAUUGACAUCCAUACAAGCAGAUGUGUUGUUGAAAAUCAUACAAAAGUCAAUAAUCUUUUUGUAAACAGGUCCAUGACCACCUUCAGAAAAUGUAGUACAUAGUUCCACAUUGAUGCAGUUUACAGACUUCAUACUCUAUGGUGAUUGUAGCUUCUGUGUUCAUUUUGUGUUCCAGCAUUUGUGAGUUUUUGUUUCUGCACUUUUUGAACAUAAAAAUGCACAAAAACUUCCAAACUUCUGAACUCUUCACUCUUUCAUUGAAUUAUGUGAAAUGGUGUUCUCUGCAUGGCGAUACAAAUUAAAUAAUUUCAGUCCAGGUGUAUCUGUCAGUACAGUCGUAAAUAAAUGUAAAAUGUACUCCCAUGUAGAAUUUACCAAAAUUAAACAAACCCAACGUUUUGAACUGAGGUAAAUAAAAAAAGUUAUAUUUUCCUUUUUGCAGUAAAUUGCUGCUUGAUGUAUAUUUUUACAUGAAAAAGUGGAAAUAAAUGAAAUUUCUCAAAUUA